CUUGACUGUUUUGAAACUUCAAACUUGUCGCAACUUGAAUCGAGCAACAGAUUUUUUUUCUAGAUUUAAUUUCAAAAUACCAUUUGAAAAUUGAAUUCAAGUGUGUUAUUUACCUCAAGACCUCAAUUUUCAGAAACAGUGAUGGCUCCAACAAAAAUUGAUCAUGGCACAAUAAUAAUACUGGACAUCGGCAAGAAUGCAUCGCUACCAGAAGAAAAGAAUGGGCAAUCUUUUUUUGAAAAGGCGAAGGAAUGCACUGGUCGAAUCAUAGAACGGAAGAUUAUCAGCCAAGGCAAGAACUUGGUGGGAAUAAUUUUGCUAGGAGCUAAGACAACUAACAAUAGUUUGGCUGAUAUGGCACCAGGUACUUGUCGGCAUAUUGAAAUAUUAGAAGAGCUGCAGUAUCCUACUUGGUCGAUGAUACGCAAACUUCCUGAUAAGCCUUCAAAAUCAAAAGGAAAUUGGUUUGAUGCACUUCUAGUUGCAGCUGACCAUUUAAAAAAUGGAGUACCAGCUACAAAAAUUGCACAGAAAAAGAUAAUAUUGAUGACAAACUUUCAAGCACCUUCUGAUAUGGAGGAUGGUCAAGUAAAACAGGCAAUAUCAGGAUUUCAAGAAGAAGGUUUUGAAGUUGACGUCAUUGGACCAGAUAUUUAUUCAGAAGAAAAUAGCAACUAUGAUGUAGAACUGGCAAAACUUUUUGUUGAAGAAACCAAAGGAGCAACGGCUACGUUUGAUUACACCAUGAGAUAUUUACUCUUCCACAAGAAAAGGGCUGUUAAUGCUAUGCCUUGGAAUGUAGAUCUGAGUAUAGGUCCUAACAUAAAAAUACCUGUUUCAGCUUAUAUUAGAAUUAAAGAUGAACCAGUUGUCAAGAAAUGGGAAAAAGCAAUUAGGAAUCCUGUCACUAACGCAGCAAGUUCAUCUGAAGGCAUUAAGAAAGAAAAGCUCCAUAUUAACACAGAAGAUCAAACAACAGUUGGUUCUGAUAAUGUGAUUAAAGGAUAUGAAUAUGGACAGCAAGUAAUUCCUUUUUCAGAGUGUGAUAAGAGUAUGCUUUAUGAUCCAGGACAGAAGUCUUUAAAAGUGUAUGGUUUUACGAAAGCCAGUAAUAUUACAUGGCAAAAUUUAAAUGGCGAUGGAUUGGCUUACGUGUUUGGGCGUAAACGUGAUAAAAAGGCGCAAUAUGCAUUAAGAUGUUUAAUUGAAUGUCUUUGUGAAUUGGAAUUGGUAGGCAUAGUUAGAAGAGUUUACAAUAAUGGAAAUGCACCUAAAAUGUAUGCUCUUAUGCCUGUAAUAGACACAAACAACUUUGUCUGUUUAUCUAUGGUUGGUAUUUGUUAUAAGGAUGAAAUUAAAAACAUGGCAUUCCCUGUCACAAGUAUUAAAAAGUAUGCUUGUAAUGAAGAGCAGGUUGAUUGCUUUAAGGAACUGAUAAAAUCUAUGGAUUUAACAAGAGCAUAUGAGGAAUCUGAGUUUGAUGACACUGAAGCUUUUCCAAUAGCUAAAAUGGUUAGCCCAUCUGCUCAAUAUAUUUUAGAUUGCAUUGCUUACCGAGCCAUGAAUCCAGGGAAACCCUUGCCUCAACCAAGGGAUGAUAUUGUCAUGUUAUUUAAAAUACCACCAUUAAUAGAGAAGAGAUCCAGAGAAAUUGCAGAAAAACUGAAGAAAUUAUUUGUUUUAAAUAAAGUGGAAAUCAAAAAGAGAGAUAAAAAGAAAAAUCAAGCUAUGGAUGUUGACGAUUAUCAACAGAACCAACCAUCCACAUCCAAUGAUGUCACAAUGGAUGACUUACCCAAAAUUGAACUUAAGAUGUUCAAGAAACCUGAUAAUGUACAAAGGAUAGGCACUGUGAAUCCAAUAAAUGACUUUGAUACACUCAAAAAGGGGGGUAAGAUAUUGACCGAUCUGGCAACACAGAUGACCGAAGCUAUUGAAAGUAUGGUAUAUGGCAACAUAGAUGGAAAUUUCAGUAAAGCCCUAGAUGCAAUGAUGCAUUUUAGGAAUGAGUGUCUCACAAAUGACCCCAAGCUAUACAACAAUUGGCUCAAAAUCUUCCUAAUGGAACUCACUGAUCGCAAACGAAGCAAUGUCAUUGAUAUGAUCAAGGAAAAGAAAUUAAACUAUAUUCUGCAAAGUGAGAACAGUUUAAGUACUAUUCAGUCAAAUACAUGUGAUGACAGUCAGUUGUAUGAAAAUGAUACAGUGCCUACACUAACUGAAGUCAGCAUAAGUUCAGAAGUCAAUGAUCUUUUUGAUGACAUGUAAUCUAAAAAUAUUUUUUAAGCAGUUAUAGUUAUUAUUAUUGAAAGUUGAAGGCUUUAAAAAGUAUAAUGUUAAUUAUUUGUAAUGAAAAUGUAUGAUACAAUAAAAAUUAUUUUCACUA